GCUUCGCUUCCCUCUGUGGGCCAGGGCGUACCUUGCCGCCCCUUCUCAUUCCCAGCUCUCCCCAGCUCUCUCUGCGCUGUCCUGUGCGUCUCCCGCUAUCAUCCCCAGGUCUUCCCAAUACGGUGGAUUCAUGCUCGACUCUCGCCCUCCUCGGUCGCCAUGCAGAACAACCACCAUAAGGAGCAUCUCUAUAAGAUUCUUGUGAUAGGCGACCUCGGGGUUGGGAAGACCAGUAUCAUCAAGCGAUAUGUCCACCACAACUUUAGCCCCAACUACCGAGCCACCAUCGGCGUGGAUUUCGCACUCAAAGUGCUCAACUGGGACCAGGAGACCGUGCGCCUUCAGCUGUGGGACAUCGCAGGUCAGGAGAGGUUUGGCAACAUGACCCGUGUGUAUUACCGUGAAGCCAUGGGUGCACUCAUCGUGUUUGAUGUCACACGGCCUGCCUCCUUUGAGGCUGUCACAAAGUGGAAAGAGGAUUUGGAUUCCAAACUGACACUUGCCGACGGGAAGCAUGUAGCCACUGUUCUUCUGGCCAAUAAAUGUGACCAGGGUCGGGAUGUACUGACCAAUAACGGAAUAAAGAUGGAGCAGUUCUGCCAGGAGAACGGCUUUGUGGGAUGGUUUGAGACUUCUGCUAAGGAAAACAUAAACAUCGAUGAAGCAGCCAACUGCUUGGUGAAGCACAUCAUUGCCAGUGAGAAAGACAUGCUCCAGUCAGAAGUCCCAGACACCAUCACGCCUCAAUUAGAAAAGGACAAAGGUGGGACAUGCUCCUCGUGCUUCAGAUCCCAGUAGGACCUGGUAGUUGGAUUCUCAUUACACACAGUGUUCAGUUUGUGUGUGAGAAAGAGAACAAGGAAGAGCUCCUUUUGGCUCCUUUCGAGGUAGACGGUGUGGGUGCCAACUCCUUUCCAAUCUUUAAGCUUGGGUGGGUUGGGUGUGGGGUUUGAGUGGACAGAGAGGCAGCUGGCUCAGGAAAUGGAUGGAUUUGAGCAGAGGCAGAAAGAGAGAUGGGUGCAGCUGUGUGCUCUUGUCAAAGACAAGGUCACCCUCUGGGUGACUUCAGGCCUCGACACUGCCACUUCGGCUACCAUGGAGACGGAGUUAAUGAACACAUGCACAGAAAGGUUGUGGCAAAUCACAGAAUAUCUGUGCUGGAGGUGUGUGGAAGUAAUCACUAUAUGGAAGCCAUGGUCGCUGCUCCUCUUUCUCUCUUCUUACUGUCGUCUCUGUUCUUUUCCUCUGCUCUCAUUUUUCUCCUCUGCUUGUUUGUAAUUCCUAACCCGUACCUGACGGCACGUUUGGUUUGUCACAUUUUUCAUGCUUCUUUCACAAGCAAGCAGAGAAAGCAAGUUAAGAAUUUUUUCUCACCGACUCUCUCCCAAGCAAUUCCUUCUCAAUGCUAAUAAGACCACAGCCACAUUACAUGGCUCCUUCAAAUAUGGCUUCAUUUAUUUUUAACUUUUCAUGUCCAUCCACUAUUCCCAGUGAAGCACUGUAAAGCAGAUUAUUGCAAUUAAAGUGCCUUUUUUAAAGCAUUUUAUUUAAUAUCUGCAGUAGAGAUAUUCACUAUAUAUUAUUUACAAGCCCUCUUAAUGGUGCACAUUUCUCUUUCUGUUCAGCCCUAAUUAAGAAUUGAACUCAUUUCAAUUUCAGCACUUUUAAAAAUAAUGCUGAAUGUGUGUUAAUGCCCAUUGUAUCCCUUAUUUCUAUCCAGUGGUUUUCUAUUAAAUUUCUAUCCCACUGUGAUUUCUUUUAUUUGUAAUGUUUGUAAUUAUGGGAUGAAUGCAAACAUGUAUACAACUAUGUACAUAUUAUAUACAGCAAACUGAGGCAGAUUAUACAGUAGAACCAAAGAUGUAUCCAGUUUUCAAAAUGUUCAUGUGAAUAAACCGUGGCUUUACUGACGACUAGCUGUUUGUCUUCUUAUUAUAA